UAGAAAAAUGACAUUUCUUCUGAGAUCAACAGCAUGGAAAAGUAUAAUAAAAAGACCACUUUUAUCAAAAAAUCAGUUAAUAACCAUUUCAAAUUUUGACAUCCAUACGUCAAAAUAUCUUUUUCAUGGUGAAUAUGAAAUGCAGGAUCCAAAAUCAGAAGCUGAUAUUGUAAAUAUUACUUUUAUUGACAAAACGGGGAAAAGAAUACCUGUGAAAGGAAAAGUAGGUGAUAAUGUAUUAUAUUUAGCUCAUAGAUAUGGAAUUGAAAUGGAAGGUGCCUGUGAAGCAUCUUUAGCUUGUACCACUUGUCAUGUGUAUGUACAUUAUGAUUAUAUGGACAAACUUCCAAUAGCUGAAGAAAAAGAGGAAGAUCUAUUAGAUUUAGCACCUUUCUUAAAGGAAAAUUCAAGACUAGGUUGUCAAAUUAUAUUAACAAAAGAAUUAGAUGGUAUUGAAUUAGAACUUCCCAAAGCAACAAGAAAUUUUUAUGUAGAUGGCCACACACCAACUCCACAUUAAUAUUCUUUUUACUUU